AUGCAAGUCCGGCUCUCCCUCCUUCUCGCGCUUUUCCCAUCGGCGCUCGCCCUCUGGCCCCAGCCCACAUCUAUCAACACGGGCAAAACUGCACUGAAGCUCGCACACGGUUUCGACAUCAAGCUUUCGGUCCCCAACGCCCCUUCCGACCUGAAAGACGCGGUUUCCCGGGCGAAAGGCUUCCUGAAAACAGAUGCUCUUGCAGCACUUGUCAUUGACCGUGGUGCCUCCGCGGCCGGUGCUCUCAAGUCAGCCAAGUCCCUCCCAUCGUUGACGGUCGAGUUCGCUGCAAAGAAUGGCAAGGUCAAGAGUAUUUCCGAGGAAGCCAUUGCGCCCAUUGGGACGCGCGACGAGGGGUACACGCUCAGCGUGCCUGCAGACGGCUCUCCUGCUGUCUUGAAGGCGAAUUCCACAUUAGGGCUCUUCCGAGGACUGCAGACUUUCGGACAGAUCUGGUUUGACUUCUCGGGUACUACGUAUACUCUCGAGGCCCCCAUUCAAAUUUCCGACAAGCCUGCUUACCCUUACCGUGGUUUCAUGCUCGACACUGCCCGGAACUUCUACCCCGUUGCGGACAUUAAGCGCACUCUCGACGCAAUGAGCUGGGUGAAGAUCAACACCCUUCACUGGCAUGUUGUCGACAGCCAAAGCUUCCCUCUUCAGAUCCCUGGUUUCGAAAAGCUCUCCAAGAACGGUGCAUAUAACCCGUCCGCUGUCUAUACCCCCAAAGAUGUGAAGGAUAUCGUGUCUUAUGCUGCUGCGCGCGGAAUCGAUGUUAUUCCAGAAAUCGACACCCCCGGACACACCUCAGUGAUCUCCAAGUCGUUCCCCGAGCACAUCGCCUGUGCUGAAGCCAAGCCGUGGGCAUCUUUCGCGAACGAGCCGCCCGCGGGCCAGCUCCGCCUUGCCAGCGCUGCCACGACCAAGUUCACCGCCUCUCUCCUCAAAGCUGCUGCGGGUUUAUUCCCGGGACAGUUCUUCUCAACUGGUGGGGACGAGAUUAACGCAAACUGCUACACGCAAGACAAGCAGACCCAGUCGGACUUGAGCGCCAGCGGGAAGACAUUCGCACAGGCUCUCGAUUCGUUCACGCAGGCGAGCCAUGCUGCUCUGCGGUCCGCCGGGAAGAGCGCUGUUGUUUGGGAGGUGCUUACUCCGCUUCACACAGAAAUGGUACUUGACAACCCCGUCACCCUGGCCAACGACACCGUCGUCAUGGUUUGGAUCUCCUCUGAGCACGUCCAGGCGGUUGCGCAAUCAGGGCAUCGCUUGGUCCAUGCCGCAUCGGACUACUUCUACCUUGACUGUGGACAUGGCGGGUGGGUCGGGGCCUUCCCGACAGGCAACAGCUGGUGCGACCCGUUCAAGACAUGGCAGCACGCUUAUGUCUUCGAUCCUGUCGCGAACCUGACGGCCGCCCAGGCCUCGCUCGUCCUCGGCGGGCAGUCGUUGCUGUGGUCCGAGCAGUCCUCGCCCGCGAACCUCGACGCGACAGUGUGGCCGCGCGCCGCCUCUACCGCUGAGUUGUUCUGGUCGGGCCCCGGCGGAGAUGUCCAAAAGGCGCUGAGCAGGCUGCACGAGGUUGUGUAUCGCUUCAGGCAGCGCGGCGUUGCGGCCAACUCGCUCCAGCCGGAGUGGUGUGUGCUCAGGCCGGGAGACUGUGAUUUGACUGCUUAG